ACCCACCCGGCUAAAAGGAAGGGGGUUGCGGGGCCGGGGCCACCCCGGGUGGCCUCUUAUGGGUCGCGCCCCGCCCCGGAGGGCUGCGGGAGGGCUCACGUGGGGGGAGCGGCGCCUAUGGGGAGGCGGCGGGAGCCGGGCAGGCGGCGGGGCGGUGAGCUGUCAAAGAGGCAUCCCGGGAGCCGGAGCAGCCCUAUGUGUCCCUAAGCUGCGAGACCCCCGGCCCCGGCCCCGCUCGCCAUGAACACGGAGGAGCAGUAUUACGCCUCGGCGCAGCUCUACAAGGAGUCGUGCGCGUUUCAGAGAGCCCAGGCGCAGGAUUACAGCCCCAGCCCCCCCGCCUGCCUGUACAUGGGCAGGCAGCAGCAGGCUCCUUACCCCGGCGCCUUAGGGGCUCUCGAGCAAGGCAGCCCGCCAGACAUUUCACCUUACGAGGUGCCCCCCAUCACAGAGGAUGCCGGGGUCUCUCACCUUCACCACCACCACCACCACCACCCUCAUCUUCCUCCUCCCCACCAGGACGCGCUGCCUUUCGCAGACGGGGCGGACACGGGGGCGAUAGAGGAGCCCCGAGUGCAGGUGCCUUUCGCCUGGAUGAAGUCGACCAAAUCGCACGCCUGGAAGGGACAGUGGACAGGGGGGUCCUACGUGGUGGAGCAGGAGGAGAACAAGCGGACGAGGACGGCGUAUACCCGGGCGCAGCUGCUGGAGCUGGAGAAGGAGUUUCUCUUCAACAAGUACAUCUCCCGGCCGCGGCGGGUAGAGCUGGCUGUCAUGUUGAACUUGACCGAAAGGCACAUCAAGAUCUGGUUCCAGAACCGGCGGAUGAAGUGGAAGAAGGAAGAGGACAAAAAGCGAGGGGCGGGAAACAGCAAUGAGCCCGAGCAGGACUGUGUGGUGUCCUCCGGGGAGCUGCAGGGCAAGGAGGAUCUCCAGCCGUGCCCCCCCGGGAACCUGCCCUCGGGGGCCUCCAGGGACCUGCUCGCCCCCACACUCGCCCCCAGAAGGCAGCAGGACUCUCGGUGAGCCGUAGGGAGCCCCACGCCCCGGGCCGAGGAAGGGGAUGGGGCCGGGGAGAGGGCCGAGAGGGAGGCGCCGGCUCUCCGCGGCCGUGUCGCGCCGCGGUUGACCCUCGCUCGCCUUCCCCCGGGGAAACUCGGUGCCUCCACUCCCAAACUCCCGUCCUGCGAAAAUUAAAGGAAAAGUUUUCGGCUGUGGCAAAGAGAGGCUCGCCGCGGGCCGUGGGGGUGGCAGGGAGCCCACCCUCCCCCGGGCACCCCGCGCCGCAGCGGGCCCGCGGGGCACUUUCCCCCGGGAAAGGCGGAUUUCGGGCGGCCACCGGCGGUGUGUGCCACCCCGGGGUGCACGGAGCGGACUGGAAACCGGAGGAGAACCGAGCGUCCUUACCGCAGGCGGCGGCCCGGCCGGGGCGCGGGUCCCGCCGUGCUCGGAGCUGCACAAGAGCUGACGCCGAGCUGAGCAUCCCUGACCUUCCCGGGGCUGACACUCCGCCGUUCCCGGCCCUUCCCGAGGCCCCGCGGCAUCGCCUCCACCGAGGAGUCCCCCAGGACUAUGGCUCACUUCUUUGGAAACAGGAAUCUGUUUUGUUUCGUUUUAUUUUGA